AUGUUUCGACCAGUUGAAACCAACGGAGUUGGAUUUUCUUCCACUCCAAACCUUCACAGUUCCCUUAAAUAUCGGGUACCUGAAACAAUGGAAGCUGACGAGACUGGAACCUCAAAAAAACGAUUUGAAGAGAGACACUCCAGACAGGAGUCGGGAUCCACAACGUAUAACGUUCUAGAUAUUUAUACAGAAGAUGACAAAGAUAAGCAGCCUGAAGGAUCAAUCAAUGACCACGGAGAUACCAUGGUGGUGUCGGAGACCUGGUCCAUGGAACCUUUUACGUUGGUUCCACACAACAUCUUUGCACCAAUGACUUCUACAGGAAGUACUUCAACAACUGCAUCUACACCGUCUCCUUUACCAACUAAAAGAGGUCGAAGAAACCCAAUUACCCGCAAAGAAUCUUAUGCAUCACUUAAGAAAUCCAGGACUUCGUUGGAGUUGAUUCGAAGCAAAAUAGGGGAGUCGAUGGCUACAGGAACUGACAGGCCAGAGAAGGAACAACAGAUAAAGCACCAAAACCGUCGAACUACAAAGAGUUCUGUGCUAGAGAGUGAGAUGGAUCGAUACGGAUUUCGAAAAGCUAACAAUUUUAUUACGGAGAGUGAGUACAACAGAUGGUGGGUCUCAUACUCGCCGUAUCUGAUCAAGCGGAAGAAGAAAUGGGAGAAGAUUAUGGCUAAGAAUGGACUCCCUACUACAGAUGAUGUUGCUCCAACCAGAUUCCCUCCACGAUCUGACAAUUUGAGGAAAUUUGUUCGUAAAGGAAUCCCAGCUGAAUGGAGAGGUAACGCUUGGUUCUAUUUUGCCAAGGGCAAUGAGAAACUACGAGAAAAUAAAGGCGUCUACGAUAGAUUGGUGGACCAGACUAUGGAUAUCAUAAACGAAGAUACAGAGGCCAUAGAGAAAGAUUUGCAUAGAACAUUCCCAGAGAAUGCUCAUUUUAAAAACAUAAAGAGAAAGGACUCCAAUGAGAGCACGGUAGAGUAUGAGAGUGCCUUAAUUCAGACUUUAAGGAGGGUUCUCAAGUGUUUUUCCAUUUACAAACCCAGUGUGGGCUAUUGUCAAUCUCUUAAUUUUAUUGCAGGGCUUAUUUUAAUUUAUAUGGACGAAGAGAAGGCAUUUUGGAUGCUUGUGAUUAUCUCCGAAAGAUAUCUUCCGGGUAUCCAUGACUUCAACUUGGAAGGAGUUAAUGUCCACCAGGGCGUUCUUAUGCUAUGCCUGAGACAGUUUUUGCCGAACGUGUGGAGAAUGAUUGUAGAGAAGAGCGACUCUCCGUAUCUAGAAGGUAGCAAUUCGUUUCUCUAUGACCUUCCAAUGUUGUCUUUCUGUACGACAAGUUGGUUCAUGAGCAUUUUCAUUGGAGUGUUACCAAUAGAAACGACGUUGAGAGUGUGGGAUUGCAUUUUCUACGAGGAUUCCAAAACGAUUUUCCAGGUGGCUUUAACAAUUUUCAAGCUAAUGGAGCCGGAACUGCAAAAAAUUGUUGAUAGAAACAAGAGGGAGGAAGAGAAGGAGGUUAUGUCAUCAGAGCUCUUUCAGUUGAUCCAGAACUUUCCAAAGAGGCUAUUAGAUGUAAAUGCCUUGAUUGAGGAAUGCUUCAAGUACUCCGAGUUUAGUAAAGUGACACAGGAAGAGAUCAAUAAAUGCAAGAAGUAUGUAAUCGAGAGCCGGGCCAGAUAUCAUAGCUUGAUCAAGAAGAGAUCUGCAAUUGGAUUAAGGGAAUCGGACAGAAAAGAGCUGAUGAAGUCAUCGCAGAUGCUCGAGAAUAAGAAGAUUGGGUUAAAGACGUUGAAUUGGAACGGAAAAUUAAACCAUCGAAUGAGAAGGUUUCAGCAUAAGCUUCGUUAA